AUGAAGAGAGCCUGGCCCCAUGGGGGAGGAGUGCUCCUCUCUUCUCUCUUCCACCUGCUGCUGCAAGGUGGCUCUAGCACACAGGUGGGCAACAGCAGGACACUGAGUGAGGGUGGAGAAGUCGCAGGGAGACCGCUGGCAGCACAUGAGGACACUGUGAAGCGCUCACCUCAUCAACUUCCGCCAUUUGCCUACUGGCCCAGGGAGGAGGAGCUCCCCGGCCUCUCCCAGGGCCCCUGUUUUCCCUCUGUAAGGAAGCACGUCCCAGGCCACAGCUCUGGCAGUCUUCUCACAGGCUCUCUGCUCCCUGCAGGCAGAGGCGGCGAUUCUGCCAUCAACUGCUCAGGCUUUGACCGGCACGGGGUGGAUCCUGCUGUCUUCCAAGCAGUGUUUGACAGAAAGGCCUUCCGUCCAGUCACCAACCACAGCUUACCCAUUCACGUCAACGUCUCCUUCACCCUGUCUGCCAUCCUGGAAGUGGAUGAACAGCUUCAACUGAUGACAUCAUUCCUGUGGCUAAAUAUGUUCUGGCACAACCCCUUCAUCCAGUGGAACCCGGAUGAGUGUGGAGGCAUUAAGAAGCUGAGCCUGGCGGCUGAGAACCUAUGGCUUCCAGAUAUCUACAUUGAGGAGUUCAUGGAUGUGGACCAGACCCCUACAGGUCUCAUGGUUAUGUCAGCAACGAAGGUCACAUCAAGUACAAUAAGCCAAUGCGGGUAGUCAGCAUCUGUCACCUGGAUAUCUUCUACUUCCCCUUUGAUGAGCAGAACUGCACUCUCACCUUUAGCUCUUUCAUUCACACAGGUGAGCGAGCUCUGGAGCACCUGGUCCUGGGCACGGAGAAGGAAAUUCAGGAGGUUUCCAACACAUCACAGAACCUCAUUCAGAGCGAGGGAGUGGGUGCUUCUGGGGAUCCACCAAACCAUGGAGAAGAUGAGUGUGGGGACCAGCCAGUACGACCAAAUCACUUUCUAUGUGGCCAUCAGGCGCAGGCCCAGCCUCUUUGUCAUAAACCUCCUGGUGCCCAGUGGCUUUCUGGUUGCCAUCGACGCCUUCAGCUUCUACCUGCCGGCAGAAUAUGAGAACCGCGCGCCCUUCAAGAUGACCCUGCUGCUGGGCUACAACGUCUUCCUGCUCAUGAUGAACGACUUGCUCCCGGCCACCGGCACCCCCCUCAUCAGUAGCCUCUGGCCCCCACACAGGCCCACCUUCCUUUCCUCAGGUGUCUACUUUGCCCUGUGUCUGUCCCUGAUGGUGGCCAGCCUGCUGGAGACUGUCUUCAUCACCUACCUGCUGCACCUGGCCACCACGCAGCCCCCACCCAUGCCCCAGUGGCUCCACUCCCUGCUGCUGCACUGCACCAGCCCCAGAAAACAAAGCCCCACUGCACCCCAGGAGGGCAGUAAGAGCCUGGGUCUCAGCCCCACCCACCUGCCAGGCCUGAAGGAGCCAGGAGAGCUGGUGGGGAAGGUGCCAGGUCCCAGGGAGGCAGAGCUGCGUGUGUGUCCUGAGCCGACUAGGGCCCGGCCGGACCACGAGGCCCAGAAGCAGUGCUUGGUGGAGCUGUGGGUGCAGUUCAGCCACGUGAUGGACACCCUGCUCUUCCGCCUCUACCUGCUCUUCAUGGCCUGCUCCAUCAUCACCGUCAUUGUCCUCUGGAGCACCUAGGCAGGUGCUCACCUCUAAGCCCCAGGCUGGAGCUUAUCCUGCCCCCAGAAGCCAGCCAGGCCCUCAGGCCUGUCCGCAUUGCAGCCUCAUAGCCCCGGCAACCACCUCAUUUUUAAUCCCAUCCUUUGGGACCCAGAUAGUUCUCUGUGCUCUCCAAAAACUAGGUCUGGGUCCUUGCUCCCGUAGGUCAUCAGCUCCCUGGAGCCCUCCUAGGAGUGCUCCAUCCCUGGCUCCUUGGGAUUUGGGUUCUUGGAGUAGUUCCUUGGUUGAAUCACCCCCAAUAAACACCUUUGCAGAAA